UUCUGGCUCGAGAUCGAGGGUGGGCCCCGGCUGCGCCGCGGCGGGGGUGAUGGGGAAGGACGAUUCAUCGGAUUCGUCCUCGGAGGAGAAAGCCAAGAAGAAGACCAAGAAGAAGGAGAAGAAGAAGGAGAAGAGGAAGGACAAGAAGGGCGGGAAGAAGGAUAAAAAAGAUGAAAAGAAACGGAAGAAGGCAGAUAAGAAAGGUGGUAAGAAGGUAGGCUCAUCCUCAGAUUCUUCGGACUCGGACCACAACGAGAAGAAGGCGAAGAGAAAGGACGGCGAUGGCAAGGAUCAGGCGAGGGAAACUUGGAUCUUCAACCGGGAGAAGGCGAUACGGAAGGCAGAGCCAGACCUGCCCAAGGGCGAUGCCUUGAGGAGAGCGGUGGAGGAGUACUGUAGCAUCUACGACAUAGGCGUGGGCGCGGAGGAAGCCAAAGCCGCCAAGGCGGCGGAGGCGCAUGCCAUCCCCGAGGUUCAGGUGAACAACGAGGCCAUCCAGGACGCUCUGGAGGCGGCCGUGGCCGAGUCGGCCGAGAAGGCGCGCGCGGCGGGGCGGCACGCCGCCGAGGUGAGGAAGGAAGCGGAGCUGGCCAUGGCGUCGGUACUGCAGGUGGCGGAGCAGCAGGGCCUCCUCUUCACCGCCAAGGGCGCCGACAAGGUGAUGGGCAGGUGGGUCUUCUGUUCCGCCAAGGAGAGGCAGGAGCAGAUGUCCAUGUUCCUGACGGAGAAGGAGCGGCAGCUCGAGGAGUACGUCCGCCUGGGCGCGCCCCUGACGGACGACCGCCCGCGCGGCGAGAGCGCCGCCAACCCCUCCAACGGCAAGGUGGACGUCACCAAGCUGCGCCUCUUCAACGCCGGCCGCGCAGACCUGUGACGCUGGCGCGGCGCAGCGCCGGGCGCACGGCGGCAGGGCGCGCCGCGGCGCCCGGCGCAGCGCCCCCCCCCCUUCGACCUCUCGCGGCGGUCGCGCGUGCUGGACAGGCAGGCGCUCGGCCGCUCGGACUGCGUGCGGCUGGCGCCGCGCCGCGGCCGUGGCAGGCGGCGCGGGGCGGAGGGCGCGGAGGGGUCAUGGAGCGAAGGGAGGACGUGCACGUGCAUGGAUCCACGUUGGUUUCGAGAGUGCGCCUUGCGCGGGCGGUCGUGUCAGGAAGCCGGCCUCGCGGUCCGGGGGGGG